GAGACCGUUGCUUUAUGCUCAGCAGCAGAGAAAGUUCCCAGCCAUCUGCAGCUUGUGUCACUUCUGAGGCUCUGACUGGCAAGAGGCAUCCCCAUGUCUAGGGAUCCCUGGGGUGCAGAAGGAGGAUCCUGCCUGUAAUAUUGGAUGGAAGCUGCAGCCAAUGUAUACAGUGCACUAGGGAGGAGGAGGGAAGGAAGCGAGACUAGGAGGAGGAGGAGGUGUUUUUUGCAGGCUGGCAGAUGCUGUGUUGUAUUGUUGAUCUGUUGUUGAAAGCUCCUAUCUAUAAUUGUGUGUUUAUAUAAUGUAAACAGUCGCGAAUCAUCAUAAAUGUGGCAGACACACUAUCCAUUAUUCUGACAGAUUGGACUUCAGACAUAGAAGACAGAAACAUCCCUACCAGGAUAUCAUAAGAAUAAGGAAAACUCUGCAACAGGCAAGCAAAGGAAGAGUGAAUCUAAAGCACAAGAGCAAGACCUGCAGACAUGAGGAACUAACAGGAGACAUACCUGCUCAUCACAUAGCUUCUAUCAUGGACAACAAGGAAGAAAAGAAAGACAGACGACCUGGAUAUUUUGCAAGGCUGAAGAAGAAACGUCUGGUGAAACAGAAUCCAGACCUUCCCUCCGCUAACUCGCAAGUCAGUGUGACACCCACUACCAAGGAUGACAAUUUAAAAGUAAUUUUAGGACAAAUUUCUGAAAAAGUUCCUGAUGAAGAAAAGAAAAAGAAAAGAAGUCAAGGGAAACAGUCCAGACGCAAUGAGAUUAAGAGAUACAGUGCUGGUGAGAAUCAAAAUAGAAACAGUGAAAAGAAAGAGAAGAAAAUGGUUGUGAAGAAGCCCAUUGGAACUGUUGAAUACACGGCAACUGCUACAGACACCUUAAAUUCUAUAGCACUGAAAUUCAACAUCACUCCGAAUAAACUUGUAGAACUGAACAGACUCUUCACCCACACUAUUAUGCCAGGACAGAUAUUGUAUGUACCAGACGGUGACCUUUAUUCUAAUGCAAGAGAUUCCAAAGCAAACACUCGAGUACCUGGAUCUCCAUUGUCAUCAGAUGCCGAGUUUGAUAAGCUUCCUGACGCCGACUUAGCUAGAAAAGCCACAAAAGCAAUAGAGAGAGUUUUGUCAUCUACUUCUGAAGAAGAGGAGCCGAUUGUUGUAAAGUUUUUAAAAAUGAAUUGCAGAUAUAUUACAGAUGGAAAGGGUGUAGUGGGUGGAGUAAUGAUAGUUACUCCCAACAACGUAAUGUUCGAUCCGCACAAGUCAGAUCCCUUGGUUAUUGAAAAUGGCUGUGAGGAGUAUGGUCUUAUCUGUCCAAUGGAGGAAGUUGUGUCUGUUGCUCUUUACAAUGAUAUCUCCCACAUGAAGAUUAAAGAUGCACUACCAUCCGACAUACCCAAGGAUCUUUGUCCUCUGUACAGGCCUGGAGAGUGGGAAGACCUUUCCUCUGAAAAAGAUAUUAAUCCAUUCAGCAAGUUUAAAUCUCUCAAUAAAGAGAAACGACUACAGAAUGGAGUUACUGGAGUGGGAAAUCUGGAGAAUAAGAUGAAUAAUUCCAUCAAUCACAAACAAGAGGAGGUAGCAAAGAACCAAGAAAGAAAUCAAGAUAAACAGCCAACUAACAUAUCAACAGGCCAAUUAAAUGGUGAUGCUCUUACAGUACAGACUGAUCAGUCAAUUGAAAUUACAACAAGCACUGAAACUAUAAAAGGGGAUAGUUCUCUUGUUGAGGAAGACUUUAUUGAAUUGGUAGAAACAUGUGCACAGCAGAAUGGAAAAGAUAUUUGCAAAGGACCUGAUGCAAAGAUAUUUUCAAGUGUGGAUGGAAGACCUAACACAUCUACUUCUAAUGUUCCUCAUGAUUUAUGUAAUAAUGGAAAUUUAAAUUGCUCAGAAGAAAAUAAGAUGGAUUCUAUUGGUAGAUUACACAUUGUAGAAGCUACAGGUGGAGCUUCAGGUGAACUAUGCCCUGGUCAUUAUGCUCAGCAAACACCAAAUGAAAUGGAAUCUAUAGAUCUUAGCCUCAGACCAUCUGGAGAGAGUACAGCUGUUUCUCAAGGUCUUCCAAAGUCAGAGGUUAAUGGGAAUAGUUCAACUGUGGACAAAAAUACCAACUGCAUCUUUGUAGAACCUGGAGAAAAGAGUAAAGAUCUCACUAGCCCAAACAGCCAAGCUGUGGGAGACAGAUUAAGUAGUGGUGAUCACAAAACCUUAGAUGAGUCACCAGAUUCCCUGUCACCGUGUUCUCCUGAGGAUUCUAGUCAAAAAGAAUCACAACUUGACAGCGAGUCUGAACUCAAGCUAUGGUUGUUGAAAAGAAUGCAAGGGCCAAUAGAAGAUAUGAUGCCUUCCAAAGAGGAGAAAAGCAAGAUUCCACCAAUGUUUUUAUGCAUCAAAGUGGGAAAACCAAUGAGAAAGUCAUUUGCUUCUCAAAGCACUGCAAUGGUACAGCAAUAUGCCCGAAAAAGGAAGCAACCAGAAUAUUGGUUUGCAGUGCCACAAGAAAGGGUGGACCAUCUUUACACAUUUUUUGUUCAGUGGUCACCAGAAGUCUAUGGCAAAGAUGCAAAGGAGCAAGGCUUUGUUGUGGUAGAAAAAGAUGAGCUAGACAUGAUUGAUAACUUCUUCAGUGAGCCAUCAACCAAAAGCUGGGAGAUCAUCACAGUAGAAGAGGCAAAACGACGGCAGAGCACCUGCAGUUAUAGUUAUGAUGACGAGGAGGAGGAAAUUGGCAGCUUUUUGCCCGAUUUAAAACAUCAGAGUUUACUACUAAAUGACAUACAUGUUGAAAAGCUGGCACAUCACCUGCCUGCACGGGUGCAAGGAUAUCCAUGGAAUCUGGUGUACAGUACCCAAAAUCAUGGCACAAGUCUGAAGACUCUGUACAGAAAUUUAGCUUCUCUGGACAGUCCUGUGCUACUAGUUGUCAAAGACAUGGAUAACCAGGUAUUUGGAGCUUAUGCCACUCAUCCUUUCAGGGUCAGUGAUCACUACUUUGGCACUGGAGAAACGUUCCUGUUCUCCUUUGAUUCUGAGUUCAAGGUCUUUAAAUGGAGUGGAGUGAACUCUUAUUUCAUCAAUGGAGAUAUACGAUUUUUAGAACUAGGAGGAGAGGGGGGUCGAUCUGGCCUUUGGAUUGAUUCAGACUUGUAUCAUGGACGCAGUAACCCUUGCAGCACUUUCAAUAAUGAAACCUUAUCUAAAAAAGAAGAUUUCAUUGUGCAGGAUGUUGAAGUGUGGACCUUCCAGUGAACUGAAGGCUUCAGUUAAUAUAACAAUAGGAUAAACGCAUCUUGUACUGCACCUAAGAAGCGAAUAUUCAAGUCUACAUAUUGUGGACAUAACCCUGCCUGUUCGGUGUUCUUUGACAAGUCAUGCAUCGUGCUGAUUUAUGGCUAUGUAUGGCAUCUGUCUCUGUACUGAAGAAUCUGUUUUUCCAAUAGUGCAGUGCAGUUAUAAGUAACAAGAAUACGGAAGACCACAUACGAAGAGCUGGAAACAGACUUUAGAGCAAUAGACUGGGUCAUGAAGAUAAGCAUGAAAUGAUCAUUGCUCCAAUUUCACACACUUAGAUGUGGAACCAGACCAAAAAUGAUGACUAAAUGGAGUUUAUUCCGAUAACUUUGAGAGAAACUAAAUAAGACUGCAUAAUGAGUUUAGAGCAUUUCAAGCUUUGUGUUUCAGCUAAAUGAAUGGAAACAAACAUUCAUAGUGAAAAGCAUUGUUUUAUUUUUUCUGUUGUUAAUUUAUUGAGCAGUGUAACUGGCCUGGCAUUUUGUAGACCUUUAUUGAAUAGCACUUUUUAUGUUUUUAUUGUCUUUUUUUCCUUUUUCUAAUCAUUUUUCAUUAUUGGAAUUCAAAUGCAUGACAAGAUUUUCACAUUUUGUUACCUCACUGAAAAAAACACACCAUUUUUACUAUAAUAAUAUAUAUAUAGAUGAAGGGGAGAUUACUGAAGUCAAGUCUCUAGUAUUGAAGGUGUCCAAACAUGCAAGAGUGUUCUAGGUACCUGAAAAGAAACAACAUUUUGUACACAUUUUGUCAGUGAAAAUUGAAAUGAACAAUAUUUAAAUUGCAUUUGAAGCCCAAAUUGUUUUUCAUGAUUUUUAUAAAACGUGAUUUUAAACAACUUUCCAAGUUAUUUCUAUUAUCGAAUUUGCUUCAUUCUCUUGUUAUCCAUUGUUGAAGGAGCAACAGUGCACUACUGGGAACUAGCUGAACACAUCUAGUGAACCAAUGACAAGAGGCAUUUAUGUGCAGCAACCAAUCAGCAGCUAGCUCCCAAUCUCAAACCUAGCUAGGUAUGCUUUUCAACUAAAGAUACCAAGAAAAUGAAGCAAAUAAAAUAAGUUAAUAGAAAAGUUGUUUAAAAUCACAUGCUGUGUCUGAAUCAUGAAAGAAAAUUUUGGGAUUUCAUGACCCCUUAAGGGAAUUACUACAUAGCGAAAUUGUUUAUUGUACUUCAAAUGCAACUAUAUCGAUUAUGUAUUGAAACAACUUUGUUGGGGUUUUUUGCCAGGAAACAUACACCGAAAUAUCUUACACUGGUCUUUAUGCACUGUCAUGCAAAAAAAUAUGAAUAUACGCCAGGCAUGCACAUCUAUAAAUAUAUAUAUAUACUAUACAGCACUUUUGACUUUAUAUACAGAACUUUAUCUCACUUGAAAUUUUGCUUACUGCUAGUUAAAUUCCUUUAUGGAAAUAUCAUUUUUGUUUUAGAAAACAUUAUACCUUUUAUUAUGUUACAAACAAAAACACAUAAUAAGGGUCUUUGGGUUUGAAUUUAGUCAGUAUAUUGUUAUUAUAUUAAAAAAAAAAAUUCUAUGAAAACGAAAAAACUAAUUUAUGCUGGUUUAUGGGCUGGUUGUUCUAAGAGCAGUGUAUUGUAUGGAGAAGCGCAGGACGUUUCUGCUAGCUGCUUGAUUUUAUUUUUGUAAAUGUAUUUUUUUCCCUCUGUAGUAAAAUACAUUUUGCCUUUUUUUCCCUGUUGUUUCUUGCUAAGUGAUGUUAAGAGGUGAUACAGUAAAACUGUAGUCCAUCUGAAA